AUGGCAUCCAUGAGCAGCGACGGCAACGGCGGCGGCGGGGUCGAGACCCUGGCGCUGGGCGAUUUACUGAGCGACUUCGAGGUUAAGCAGCGUGGGCUGCUGCUCAUGGCCAUCGACAAGGCUGUGGACAAGGCGAUGAAGAAACAGGGCGAGAUGCUCGACGUCAUCAAAGCGCAAGUCGAGACGCGCCACCGCGAGGCAGUGGACGACAUUCGCGACGAAAUGACGCGCACGCAGCCGUCGCUUCUGGAAAGCCUCAUGAGUAAGACGUUGAGUGUCGAGAACAAUGCGGGGCUAGCCCUUUGGAUCAGUGAUGAGGCCAAGAAGAGCCAGGCGCUCGAGUAUAUUUCCAAGCUACGCAACCACCUGCAGUCGGGCCAGGGCAACGCCUUUCGCAGCGACUUUGAAGCUCUACUUGUGACUCAAUAA